GGUGUUUAUGAACCAUAGACUCAGGUAAGAGAGAGGUAAAAGAACAUCUGUGGUAGUUUGUUUCAGGGGUAAUGAAACAUGAACUCUUCUGGGCUGUGGAAGCCUGUUGUGUGCAUGAUGGCUGUGAAUUUUGCACUUGCUAUAGUGAAUGUGCUUUUGAAGAAGAUCCUUGAAGGAGGAGUCAACCAUAUGAUCGUUGUAACAUACCGGCAGGCAGUUUCUUGCAUGUUUUUGGCACCACUUGCCUACUUCUGGGAAAGGAGAAGUAGACCAAAGCUUACCACCAAUAUCCUAUGCCAUCUCUUUGUCAGUGCUCUUCUUGGAUUCACUUUGACACAAUACUUAUUCCUUGUUGGACUUGGAUAUACAUCAACUACUUUCGCAUGUGCAUUCACUAAUAUGGUGCCUGCAGUCACCUUCAUGCUUGCACUGCCAUUUGGCCUGGAAAAAGUAAACAUCAGGACCAAUGCUGGGAGGGCUAAGGUUCUUGGUACACUUAUUUGUGUUGCUGGAGCCAUGAUAUUGACCCUUUACAAAGGAUUGCCCUUAGGCAGUCCACAGUCAGGAGCCACAACAGCCGUGACAGGCCAGGGGAAUAUGACAGAUUCAACUAAGAAGACUGAGAAAUGGACCAUUGGUUCAUUAUUUUUGACAGCAAGCUGCAUUCUGUGGUCAUCAUGGUUCCUUUUGCAGGCUAGGAUUGGCAAGAAGUAUCCAUGUCAAUAUUCUAGCACAGCUUUUAUGUCUUUUUUUGGCACCAUUCAGUCAGCCAUUUUGAGCUUGGUCAUGGAGAGGGACUUUUCCAAGUGGAUUCUGAAGGGAAAGUUGGAAAUACUCACUGUGACAUAUACUGGAACAGUGGGACAAGGUCUAUGCUAUGCGUUGAUGUCAUGGUGUGUGAAACAGAAGGGUCCUGUCUUCACAACAGCAUUCACUCCCCUGGUUCAGAUCUAUGUAGCCAUUCUUGAAUUCUCCAUUUUGCAUGCACAGAUACACCUUGGAAGUGUUGUUGGAUCUGUCCUGGUGGUGAUAGGCCUGUACAUUCUCCUGUGGGGUAGAGCAAGAAAUGAGACAAAGGAACCUGAACUGAAGCAGCCACAAGUAAUUGAAGAAGCUGAGGAUUGUAAUGGAAGGUCACAAGUGUAAACAAAUCUCCCUCUAGUCUGCAAUAAUCAAUAAGCAACAUUCUACUGUUGGAUAACAUGAUAUGACUUCACAAAGGAUGGCAAAACUGAAAUAAUUAACUAGUUUGAUG